UACCCAAACGGACCUGCUUGUGUUUUAGAACCUAAUCUAUACUUAUAUUCAGAACCAACUGCCCAAGAAUUAGAAUCAUUUGAUUUAAUUAUAAACGUUGCCAAAGAGCUAAAACCACCGAUACCCGAUAACAUUUUCCCAAAAGAUAGAGUAACAAAUGUGAAAAUAAGGAAUGGAGAAGGUAAUUAUUUUUUUGUUCCAUGGACACAUACUUCAAAAUUAUGCUCUGAUUUACCUAUGUUGACGGACUUGAUCAUUGAUGCCCUGGCAAAUGCCAAAAAAGUGUUGAUACAUUGUCAAUGUGGUGUUAGUCGCUCAGCAUCUUUAAUUGUUGCAUUAUUUAUGAAGUUGAAGAAUUUAAACUUGAACGAUGCUUAUAAUAUGUUGAAAGAAAAAGCUCCUGAUAUUAGCCCAAAUAUGUCUUUAAUAUUCCAACUUAUGGAAUGG